ACAACAACAACAACAACAACAACAACAAGGAGAAGCAGCCAACAUUUUCUGGAACAAACUCUGCACGCACGCACCGUCUGCAGGAUGAGCAAUAUAAAAGAUGGAGGCGGUGGCCCAAUUACACCACCAACGACACCAACAACCACAACAGCAACUGGAGCUGCAACAGCAGCCGCUGUCUCCAGUUCAGGCUCAAGUCGUCGCCUGGUGCAUGUAUCCGGCACUGGAGGCAGCGUCAAUCGCGGAGGAGCAGCCAUGGGCAAUGUGGUUGGCUGGCUAAAGCAGGCUUCCAUUGAGGUGCGUGACGCUGGCACACGCACCUUGUCCAUGCUGCAGAGCACAAAUCCGAAUUUUCGCUCAUUGGAUCUGACACUGGGUCCACACACAUUGGGCGUCAAUAGCGCCAAUAGCACAACCAGCGCCGAGGGCUCGCUGAGUGGCUCGACUAGCUCUUGCCUUGCCCCAGACGAGGACACCUGCGACAGCAAGUUGCGUACACGCCCACACGCCUACACAUCGGUUAGUCAGCCGCAAAGUCCACGACAUCGUGGCCGUGGCAGUGCCAACGGCUUAACCGGUCGCUCCACAUCGAUAUCAUCGCAGCUGGAGAAGACAAAGCGUUUGCUCAAAAUGACAGAGGGCGAGGACAAGCCUCUAACCAUUCUACACUACAAUGAUGUAUACAACAUUGAGUCCAUGGCCGAAACGGAGCCCAUUGGCGGCGCCGCUCGCUUCAAAACCGCCAUCAAGAGCUAUGCGCAUUUGAAUCCGCUGGUGCUCUUCAGCGGCGAUGCCUUCUCGCCCAGCAUGCUGAGCACCUUUACCCAAGGCGCUCAAAUGAUACCCGUGCUCAAUCAAGUUGGCACACACUGCGCAGUCUUUGGCAAUCAUGACUUUGAUCAUGGCCUGGAUGUGCUGGUGAAUCUGAUCAAGGACACCGAUUUUCCUUGGCUCAUGUCCAAUGUGGUUGACAACGAAACUGGCCGUCCGCUGGGCGGUGGCAAAAUCUCACAUUUCAUUUUGCACAAUCAAAUCUCAAUUGGCUUGAUUGGCCUUGUGGAGCGCGAGUGGCUUGAGACCUUACCCACCAUAGAUCCCACCGAAGUUACCUACAUUGAUUAUGUUGAGGCUGGCAAUCGUUUGGCACGUGAGCUGCGCAACGAGGGCUGUGAUUUGAUUAUCGCGCUCACCCACAUGCGCACACCCAACGACAUUAAUCUGGCAGAGAAAUGCACGGGCAUUGACAUUAUUCUAGGCGGACACGAUCAUGUGCGUGAAGUUACCGAAAUCAAUGGCAAAAUGAUUGUCAAGUCCGGCACAGAUUUUCAACAGUUUUCGGUUAUAACGAUCGAGCGACAGGCGAACAAUCGCGCGCAGUUCACAACGCAUGUGCAGUGUGUGGAUGUCACAGCCAAAAUACCAGAGGAUCCUAUACUAAAAGAGGAGCUAUCCAAAUAUGCCAAAUUCAUUGAAAGCAAAUUGUCCGAUGUUAUGGGCGUCUUUGGCGUGGAGCUGGAUGGACGCUUCUCGCGUGUGCGCACACAGGAAACCAAUCUGGGCAACUGGGUGUGCGAUGUGGUGCUGGCUGCUGUGGGCGCCGAUGUUGUUAUACUCAAUGGCGGCACCUUUCGCUCAGAUCGCAUACAUCCAGUGGGCGCGUUUACCAUGGGCGACUUGGUGAAUGUUAUACCCAUGCGUGAUCCACUUAUAUUGCUGCAGGUUAAGGGCAGCGUGCUGUGGCAGGCGCUGGAGAAUGGCGUGUCGGCGUAUCCGAAGCUUGAGGGACGUUUUCCACAGGUGGCUGGCAUAAGCUUUGCCUUUGAUCCGCAUGGGCCGCCUGGCAAUCGCAUCGAUCCGCAGCUCAUACAGGUGGGCGAUGAGUAUUUGAAUCUGGAGCAAACCUACAAGUUGUGUGUCAAGAGUUAUCUCUACAUGGGCUGCGAUGGCUACACCAUGUUCAAGGACACCACCGUGCUGAUGGAUGACGAUGCUUGCCCAGAGCUGGGCAUAACGCUGCAGAAUCAUUUCAAGGCUAUAAACUCACGUAAAUGUGGACAGAAUACAAAGCAUCGACAAUCGUUGGUGACAUUGUCGCGUCGGCAUAGCCUGGUGCAGUGUUUGGAUAGCAUGGAUCUGGAUGGUCCUUCGCCCAUACGCAAACUGUCCAUAGGGCAUCAUAAUAAGUCCAUGGAUUUGUCACAUGGCAAUUCACAAAAGAUGCUGCGACGCGCCUCGUUGGAUGACUUGGAGCAGUCAAGCUGCGAGCUGGCGCCACAGCUGGAGCAUCGCAUUGUUAUGAUACAAAGCAAGGAGCAUCAUCGUGAGCUGCUCUUAAGAAAACAAACGCAUAUUGGAAAUUCCACCAUAACGGAGGCAGACGACGAUUGCAAGUUUAGUCAACUUGAUUGUAGGGCAGUUGCCGAUACGGAGAGACAGAUUUGAAUUAAGUUGGGGCAGCGUCUAAGCUUAGUUAUGUUAUAAUAUUUAUUGCUGUUGUAAAAAGUAAUUUGUUUGUAAACACAACAACAACAUUCAAAGUGAAAGACAAAC